AUGGCGUUUCUGUCCGUGUGGGUCUGGACCUGCUGCUUCCUGUCCGGGUUCUGCUUCCAGCUGCACGUGUCGGACUCCUCCGGUUCCGGUUCUGUUCUGGGAAGCGCGUCACUCGGACCCGGUUGGAUUUAUCACAUCGACGCUGAAACUCCCGGCAUCGUCCGCCGCCUCCUUCACAUCAAUAAGCGCAGCGGGACUAUCUUCCUCUCCGGGAAGCUGCGGUGUGCGGAUGUGCCGCGGAACCCGGUCCCGCUGCGCGUGCACAUCCGCUCGCGCACGGCGGACAGUUUGGUUCUGAUCCGGUUCCGCGUGUUUCUGCACGGCCGCGGCUGCCCGCUCGGCCCCGGGAGGAGGCGCCGUCAGCCCGGGCAUGACGUUUCCAUGACGCUGCGCUGCCGCCUGCCGUCCUGCCUGCCCUCUGACGUCAUGUUGAGCAAAGUGAGAGAACACCUGCCUCACUUUGUUCAACACAAACUGCACCUGUCCUGUGAGGCGGGAGGACGCAGGAUAACCUCCCAUGAUGCCAGCUUUCACCCACAAUGCCUCAGGACUGAUGAGCAUGGUUUGCCUGGCGCUGAUUUGUCCAAACGGCGCAGGCGGGCGGCGAACAGUGCCCCCCAGUUUCAGCUGCCCAACUACCAGGUGUCCGUCCCGGAGAACGAGCCCCCCGGGACGCGAGUCAUCACGCUGAAGGCCCUGGACUCAGACGACGACGAUGCCGGCCGGGUGCAGUACGACAUGGAGGCUCUGUUCGACAGCCGCUCCAACGAUUACUUCCAGAUCGACCCGGACAGCGGCGGCGUCACCACUCUGCAGCCGCUGGACCGGGAGGUCAAGGACACACACGUCUUCAAGGUCACCGCCACAGACAACGGAAAGCCAAAAAGGUCAGCCACCGCGUACCUCACCGUCACCGUCAGCGACACCAACGACCACGGGCCAGCGUUCGAGCAGACGGAGUACCGGGUCAGCAUCAGGGAGAAUGUGGAGGAGGGGUUUGAGGUUCUGACCAUCAGGGCCACAGAUGGCGAUGCCCCUUCCAACGCCAACAUGCUGUACCAGAUCGUGAACGAGGGGGGAGACACUGCCGGCUUUGAGAUCGACCCCCGGAACGGGUUGGUCAGGAUCCGCGUGCGUCCCGAUAGAGAGACGCUGUCCUGCUAUCAGCUGAUCGUGGAGGCCAACGACCAGGGCCGAGACCCGGGUCCUCGCAGUGCCACGGCGACCGUGUUCAUCUCCGUGGAGGACGAGAACGACAAUUACCCACAAUUCAGUGAGAAGCGCUACGUGGUCCAAGUGCUGGAGAGCGUGGUGGUGAACACCAUGGUGGCCCAGGUGGAUGCCACAGACCGGGACGAGGGGAACAACGCCAAAGUCCACUACAGUAUUAUCAGCGGAAAUGUGAAGGGGCAGUUCUACAUCCAUUCGCCAACCGGCGCCAUCAACCUCAUAAAUUCUCUGGAUUACGAGACGAUCAGGGAGUAUAAUCUGCGGAUUAAGGCGCAGGACGGCGGCAGGCCUCCUCUUAUAAACAGCACAGGGUUGGUGGUCAUCCAGGUGGUGGAUGUGAAUGACAACGCCCCCAUGUUUGUCAGCACUCCCUUCCAGGCCACUGUCCUAGAGAAUGUGGCAGUCGGACACUCUGUGAUCCAUAUCCACGCCAUCGACGCCGAUUCAGGCAACAACUCACACCUGGAGUACAGACUGACAGACACGGGGCCCGGCUGCCCCUUCAUCAUUAACGCUAACACCGGCUGGAUCAUGGUUGGUCUGGAGCUGGACAGGGAGACGACUGAAUUUUACUCCUUUGGUGUGGAAGCGGUGGAUCACGGGCUUCCCGCCAUGUCUUCCUCCGCCAGUGUCAGCGUGACCGUUCUCGAUGUGAACGAUAACGUCCCUGCCUUCACACAGAAGCUCUACAACUUAAAGAUCAAUGAGGAUGCUGCUGUUGGAGCCAGCGUGCUAAUGCUCUCCGCCAUCGACCGUGACACCAACAGUGUGGUGACCUAUCAGAUCUCCAGUGGCAACACAAGGAACAGGUUCUCCAUCACCAGUCAGAGCGCUGGUGGUCUAAUCACUUUGGCAUUGCCGCUGGACUACAAGCAGGAGCGGCAGUACAUCCUGGCGGUGACCGCCUCGGAUGGCACGCGGCAAGACACCGCCCAGGUCUGCAUCAACAUUACCGAUGCCAACACCCACCGCCCUGUGUUCCAGAGUGCCAACUACCAGGUUACGCUGAGCGAAGACCGCCCCAUUGGCUCCACAGUGGUUGUUAUCGCCGCCACAGAUGAAGACACAGGAGAGAACGCACGCAUCACUUACAUCAUGGAGGACAACGUGCCACAGUUCAAAAUCGACCCCGACACGGGUGCCAUAACCACACAGAUUGAGAUCGACUACGAGGACCAGGCCUCCUACACACUCGCCAUCAUCGCCAGUGACAACGGCAUUCCUCAGAAAUCAGACACCACAUAUGUGGAGAUCAUCGUGCUGGACGCUAAUGACAACGCUCCUCAGUUUAUCGGCGACCGUUACCAGGGGGCAGUCGCAGAAGAUGCUCCUGUCUUCACUAGUGUCCUGCAGGUGUUUGCAUCAGACCGGGACUCCGGCUCCAACGGCAGAGUCAGCUACACCUUCCAAGGUGGUGACGAUGGAGAUGGGGACUUCUUUAUUGAGCCUUACUCUGGGAUCAUCAGAACUGCCAGGAAGCUGGAUAGGGAGAAUGUGGCAGCAUACGACCUCAAAGCCUUUGCCGUGGACCGGGGCGUCCCGCCGCUCAGGGCACCGGUCAGCAUCCAGGUGUUGGUCCUGGACAUCAAUGACAACGCACCUGUGUUCGAGAGAGACGAGCUGUACGUGGAUGUGGUGGAGAACAGCCCUGUGGGAUCCGUCGUGGCCCGGAUUUCCGCUACAGAUCCCGAUGAGGGAACAAAUGCUCAGAUCCUGUUCCAGAUCGUUGAGGGAAAUGUUCCUGAGGCCUUCCAGCUGGACAUUUUCAAAGGAGACCUCAUUGCUCUGACUGACUUAGAUUACGAGUCCAAAACAGAGUACACCAUCGUCGUGCAGGCGACCUCAGCUCCGCUGGUGAGCCGGGCCAUCGUUCACAUCCGCCUGCUGGACGUGAACGACAACGAGCCUGUCCUGCAGGACUUUGACAUCAUCUUCAACAACUAUGUGACCAACAGGUCUGACAGCUUCCCGGCCGGGGUGAUCGGGAAGGUUCCAGCCCGGGACCCAGACGCCUCCGACAAGCUUCACUACAGUUUUGUGGAAGGAAACGAGCUGAACCUGCUGAUCCUGAACCGGGCCAGCGGCGAGCUGCGGCUCAGCAGAGACCUGGACACCAACCGGCCCCUGGAGGCAGUCAUGAAGAUCAAAGUCACCGACGGCGCUCAUGACGUGGCGGCGCUGUGCACCCUGCGCGUCGCCAUCAUCACCGACGACAUGCUGACCAACAGCAUCACGGUGCGCCUGCAGGACAUGUCGCAGGAGCGCUUCCUGUCCCCGCUGCUGUCCCUCUUCACGGACGCCGUGGCCGCCGUCCUGUCCACCAGCCGCCACGCCGUCUUCAUCUUCAACAUCCAGAACGACACGCACGUGGAGGGAAGCAUCCUCAACGUCACCUUCUCGGCGCUGCGGCCCCCCGGGAGCCGCGGGGUCUCGGCACAGGACCGGUUCUUCCCCUCGGAGGCGCUGCAGGAGCAGAUCUACCUGCGGCGGACGCUGCUCGCCCGCGUCUCCGCCCAGCGCGUGCUGCCCUUCGACGACAACGUGUGCCUGCGCGAGCCCUGCGAGAACUACAUGAAGUGCGUGUCGGUGCUGAGGUUCGACAGCACCGCGCCGUUCGUGGCGUCGGACACGGUGCUGUUCCGGCCCAUCCAGCCCGUGGCGGGCCUGAGGUGCCGCUGCCCCGCCGGCUUCACCGGGGAAAACUGCGAGACGGAGGUGGACCUGUGCUACUCCUCGCCGUGUCUCAACAACGGCAAGUGCCGCAGCAGGGAGGGCGGCUACAGCUGCCACUGUCCCGGCAACUUCACCGGUGAGCACUGUGAGGUGGACUCGCGCUCCGGCCGCUGCGUCCCGGGCGUCUGCAGGAACGGGGCGAGCUGCGAGGACGUGGCGGCGGGCGGCUUCGCGUGCCGCUGCCCGCCCGGCCCGUUCCAGCCGCCGUUCUGCCAGCUGGCGAGCCGCAGCUUCCCCGGACGCUCCUUCGUCACCUUCAGGGGCCUGCGGCAGAGGUUCCACUUCACGCUGUCCUUCAGGUUUGCGACCCGGCAGUCAGACGCUCUCUUGCUGUAUAACGGGCGCUUUAAUGAGAAGCACGACUUCCUGGCCCUGGAGGUGGUGGAGGAGCAGGUCCAGCUCACCUUCUCAGCAGGUGAAACCAAAACCACCGUGUCGCCCUACGUGGUGGGCGGAGUCAGCGACGGCCAAUGGCACACAGUCCACCUGCACUACUACAACAAGCCCAACAUCGGCCGCCGCGGCGUCCCACACGGCCCCUCGGCCGAAAAGGUGGCGGUGGUUGCCGUCGACAACUGUGAUGUUGCCAUGGCGAUUCGCUUUGGCAGCCAGAUUGGGAACUAUUCUUGUGCAGCGCAGGGCACCCAGACGGGACAGAAGAAGUCUCUGGACCUGACCGGCCCCCUGCUGCUGGGCGGCGUGCCCGACCUGCCCGACGCCUUCCCCCUCAGGAGGCGGGACUUCAUCGGCUGCAUGGCAGAGCUGAAGGUGGACGGCAGGACGCUCGACAUGGCCGACUUCAUCGCCAACAACGGCACCGCCGCAGGCUGUGCAGAGAAGCAGGAUUUCUGCAGCGGUGUGUUGUGUCACAGUGGAGGAGUGUGUGUGAACAGGUGGGGCUCGUACAGCUGUGACUGUCCUCUGGGCUUCGGAGGCAGGACCUGUGAGCAAGUGAUGCCGGCCCCCCAGCAGUUCAGUGGGGGGGGGCUGGUCUGGUGGCGGGAGCCUGACGUGACCAUCGGCGUGCCGUGGUACCUGAGCCUGAUGUUCAGGACGCGACACGCCACCGGAUCACUGCUGCAGGCCAACGCAGGAGACUCCUCCAGGAUCCACCUGCUGCUCAGCAGCAGACACCUGCGUUUCCAGGUGUUUCUGGGCGUGAAGCGCGUCGCCCUGCUGGACUUCCUGAAGCAUCGACUCGACGACGGGGAGUGGCAUCACGUGCAGGUCGAGCUGAGGAGCGGCAAGGACGGCAAGGACAUCAAGUACAUGGCUCAGGUGUCACUGGACUACGGCAUCCUCAAGAGGUCGGUGGAGAUCGGGAACGAGCUGCCGGGUCUGAGGCUGAGGAGUCUGUUUGUUGGAGGUGUGAUGAAGAAGGACGGCUCGGUGAUGAACGGCUGGAGAGGCUGCAUUCAGGGUGUCCGGAUGGGCGAGACGCCCACCACGCUGGCCAACCUGGACGUACAUCAGGCUCACCGGGUGGGCGUGCAGGACGGCUGCAGCGCCGCCGCCUCCUGCAGCGCCGCCACCUGUCCACCAAACAGCCGCUGCAGCGAGCGCUGGGGCUCACACACCUGCACCUGCCUGCCAGGGUUCUUUGGGAGUGAGUGUGUGGACGCCUGCCUGCUGAACCCGUGCCAGCACGCCGCCGCCUGCGUCCGCCAGCCCCGCCUCCCCCACGGCUACCGCUGCAUCUGCAGCGACGGUUACUAUGGAGAUUACUGUGAACACAGGUUGGACCUGCCCUGUGCUCGGGGCUGGUGGGGGGUGCCGGUCUGUGGCCCCUGUAACUGUGAUGUCACCAAAGGCUUCAACAGAGACUGUAACCAGACGACUGGCGAGUGUCGCUGCAAGGAUAAUUAUUUCCGUCCUGAAGGUGGCGCUGUCUGUCUGCCCUGUGACUGCUUCCACCUGGGCGCCCUGUCCCGCGCCUGCCACGCCCUCACGGGUCAGUGCCGCUGCAGGACGGGCGUCAUCGGGCCGCAGUGCAACCGCUGUGACAACCCGUACGCCGAGGUCACCGCCGCCGGCUGCGUGGUGGUGUAUGAGGCGUGUCCCAGGGUGUUUGAGGCAGGAAUCUGGUGGCCCAGGACUCAGUUUGAUCAACCUGCAGCCAUGAAGUGUCCCAAAGACUCCACAGGCACGGCGGUGCGUCACUGCAGUGAGCAGCAGGGCUGGCUGCCCCCCGACCUUUUCAACUGCAGCUCCCUGCCCUUCAGCCUGUUGCUCCAGCAGGAGGAGGAGCUGCGGCGAAAUGCCUCUCUGAUGGACGGCGAGCACUCGAGGCGGAUCGCCGCGAUGCUGCGGGCGGCAACCAAUCAGACGGUGGCCCUGCGUGGCAGCGACGUGCAGACGGCGUGCGGCCUGCUGAUCCGCCUGCUGCAGCACGAGAGCCGGCAGAGCGGGUUCAACAUGGCCGCCACACGAGACCGCCACUUCCACGAGAACCUGGUUUGGGCGAGCAGCGCCAUCCUGGACCGGGCCGCCGCGCCGCACUGGGAUCAGAUCCGCGGGCGGGACGGCGGGACGGAUCUCCUGCUGAGGAGCUUUGAGCUCUACAGCCAGAACCUCGCCAGGAACAUGAGGAAGACCUACCUGAAGCCCUUCAUCAUCCUCACACACAACAUGAUUUUCUCAGUAGAUUACCUGGAUGACAGCAGGACGCUGCCCCGCCCCUCUGACAGCCAGGAUGACCUGCCCAACGACCUGCAGGCCACCGUACUCUUCCCAGAAUUCCCUCCACCAGCUGACGAUGUCACACCUGCAGCAGUUUCACCUGAGAGGACGACGGAGGCGCCGGCUGUGACUGACGCCGCCGCCGCUCACACUGCGUCUGUAAAGAGGAAGCGUCACGCCGCGGCACCCCGCCCCCCGCCGGUCGCCGUGGUGAUCGUCUACCGGACCCUGGGAGACCUUCUGCCCGAAAACUAUGAGCGCGACCGCAGGAGCCUGAGGCUGCCCAGUCGUCCUGUCAUCAACAGUCCGGUGGUGAGCGCGGUGCUGCACAGCGAGGCUCCGCCCCCUGCUGGCCUAACGCUGACGCUGCAGCUCCCCCUGCUGGAGAGCCAGGAGAGAGCCAGACCGCUCUGCGUCUGCUGGAACCACAGCCUGCCGGUUAAAGGUUCUGGCGGCUGGUCGUCUCGGGGCUGUGAUGUUCUCAGCAGGAACGUCAGUCACGUCAGGUGCGGCUGCGUUGCGUCCUGCAGUGCUGCCGUGCUCAUGGGCACCUCGGGCAGAGAGCACGGCGAGGCCCUCCCGCUGAAGGUCGUGACCUACAGCAGCGUGUCGUCGUCGCUCGUCACCCUCCUCAUCACCUUCCUCCUGCUGGCGGUCCUGAGGAGGCUGCGCUCCAACCUGCACAGCAUCCACAGGAACCUGGUGGCCUCGCUGCUCCUGAGCGACCUCGUCUUCCUGUCCGGCAUCCAGCAGACCGAGCGGCCGGUGGCGUGCAUGCUGGCCGCCGUGCUGCUGCAGUUCUGCUACAUGAGCGCCUUCUGCUGGUCGCUGGUGGAAAGUCUGCAUGUGUACCGCAUGCUGACCGAGCGCCGCAACGUCAACCACGGACACAUGAGCUUCUACUACGCUGUGGGCUGGGGCGCCCCGGCCGCCAUCACCGGCCUGGCGGUGGGUUUGGAUCCUCAGGGUUAUGGGAACUCGGACUUCUGCUGGUUGUCUGUUCACGACUCGCUGAUCUGGAGCAUCGCAGGACCCAUCGCUGUCAUCGUGAUGGUGAACGUUGCCAUUUUCCUGCUGGCAGUGAAGGCCUCGUGUGGACAGAGACACUGGACCUCUGAGAAGUCUGGCGCCAUCUCGGCCCUCAGGUUGGCCUUCCUGCUCCUGCUGCUCCUCAGCGCCACCUGGCUGUUGGGACUGGUGGCUGUCAACAGCGAUGUCAUUUCCUUCCACUACCUGUUUGCCAUCUUCAGCUGCCUUCAGGGUUUCUGUAUUUUCCUCUUCCACUGCGUCUUCAAUAAAGAAGUUCGGACCAACCUGAAGCAAAUCCUCAGCGGCAGGAAGACGAGCGGGCAGGAGGCGAACGCCGCCCACAGCGCCAUGCUGACCCGCUCUCUGAACGGGAAGCACUCCCUCUGUGAGCACGACGGGUUGUAUCGCACCGCCAUCGGAGAGUCGACGGCGUCCCUGCACAGCAGCAGCCAGGCCAGGGAGGACUCAGGACGGAAACGCACCGCCUCCUCCAGCUCUGCGAAAAAGAGUUACCAUGACGACGACGACUCCUCCAUCUUCCUCCGCAAGCGCUCCAGAGGAGACGAUUCGGACUCGGACAGCGAUCUGUCUCUGGACGAGAACAGCAGCUCCUUCGCUUCGUCCGACAGCGAGGACGAUCGAGGCCGACGGAAACAGAGGUGGAACAACGAGAGAGCGAGGCGGCCGGAGCACAGCGCUCCUCCGGCCAAUCAGGUGAGGCCGUACUGGCCAGUGGAGCCUCCAACAGCCAGUGAGAGCGAGGAUCCCGGCGGGGGCGGCGAGACGCUGCGGGUGGAGACCAAGGUGAGCGUCGACCUGAACGACCAGUCACCGUCUGAGAAGGAGGGCGGAGCCUCUCCCGGCUCGCCCGGCUCGCCCGACAGCAAGCGGCAGCCAGAGAGGAGACGAGGGAUCCUGAAGACCCGCGCCGCCUCCACCGCCGUGGCCGACAGGAACAUGAAGAACCGCCUCCGCGAGAAACUCAGCGACUUCACCCCCCCUCACGUCCACCCCCGCAGCCCUCCCACCAAUAGGAGCCUUUGUGCCGUCACCAUGGGAAACGGGGUCAUCAUCAGACUUCCACCGCGUCCGCCCCUGUCACCACGACAACAGCACAACGGCAUCACCAUGGUAACUGCGAUGCUGACGACCCCAAGCACCAACAGGACUGAGGACGGACACGACUCCGAGUCAGACGGCAGCGGUGAAACGUCCAUCUGAGCCUCGCCUGCUCUGCUCCGCAGAACCAAGAAGGGAAGAGGAAGUGAAACUGUGAUCGUUACCAGGCAACACGAGAGCAGACAGGCAGCCAGAGGUCAAAGGUCGAAGGUCAGAGUCUGAGCCGGGCAGGAAGUGGACACCAGCUGCCUCUCAGCCUCCGGAGGAAGCAGCUCUGAGUUCCUGCAGCAUGAAGCGACGCAGGCUUGUGUUUUCAGACCUUCUCCUCCUCUGGACCCAAAGCGUCUCCCAGCCGACGCCCGGACAUCAAACCAGCAAACAUCUGAUCCAGCAUCACUGACCUGGCCUUUAAAUCAUGACCACAUUCACAUGUGCAUCUCUAAUGAUUACAGGGAUAAUUGUAAAGGUCAGAUCAGUGAUGCUGGAUCAGAUCUCUGGCGGCCUCCCGGGGGUCCCCGGACCCACCUUGAACACCCCUGCUUUAGAUUCAGUCGCGGCCAAACUGCAGCUCAGGUCUGAUCUGGUGAUCGUGUUCGUGUCAAACUACCUUGGACUCACCUGGGACACCACAGAACAAUUCUCCGUCCUGCUCGUUAUCUCCACUGGGUGGCGCUGUGAUGCAGACAGAAGCAGAAACUCACAGGGAAAUGAACUUUUUUUUAUGUAAAGACUUUCAGAAUAAGAUGAGCUGUGACUCAAAGAUCAACACCGUCAGUGUGUGAUCUAAUUAAGAACAUGUCUCUUCACAAUA